GACCGCCACAUCUGCCGGUCACGCCGGCCACCGCCGAUAUCAUUUCACUGUAACUAUACGCACUUCGACGCCCUCUUCUGAACUCUUUUACGACCUAUCCACGAAUCUACACGACUUAUUUUCGGUCUAACAUUGUUCAUACGUUUCUCGUGUCAACGUACAAAUCAGACCGCUGCAGACUCCAACAUUGUUUUUAUUUCACUGCGUGGUUCUCAUCUUGAACACCACUAAGUCAUGGACAGUUGGAGAGUAGCAGUCCUUGGAGAUGGUGGUGUAGGCAAAACUGCUUUAGCUGUACAAUUCACCCUAAACUGCUUUGUUGAGACUUACGACCCGACAAUCGAGGAUGCCUAUCGAAAGCAGCUGAUAGUGGACAAUCGCAUGUGCUUUGUGGAGGUCAUCGAUACCGCAGGCCAAGAGGAAUAUGCGACUCUACGUGAUCAAUGGGUACGUGAGGGCCAAGGGUUCAUAUUGGUUUACUCCAUUGCAUCUCGAUCAACGUUUGAACGUCUUGAAGUUUUCCGUCAAUCGAUGUUACGUGUCAAGCGACAGAAGCCAAUAUUCAUGUUGGUUGGAAACAAAUGCGAUAAGACUUAUGAGCGAGAGGUUUCACGGGAAGAGGGUGUUGCACUUGCCCGAACCUUUGGGUGUGAAUUUAUGGAAACGUCUGCCAGAACAGCCUACAAUGUGGAGCGCCUAUUUACAAAUCUCGUUCGAGCUCUCAGGCAAACUCGACAGGCUGAUGUUAGCGGGAUAGCAGCAGCUAGACCUGAAAGGACACCUGGGCGGAGGUGUGUCGUAAUGUGACAGACUCCGUUUCUGGAUUGCGAUUUAGAAUUACCUCGUCUACACUUCCAUGAUACCUCCCUUCCCUUCCCUUGCACCGCUCGCUCUGUUCCCAUGAGCGCCGUUGAUUUUACAAGCUCAUUCAUUUAUUUACGUCAUUACGCAUGAUGUCACUUUGACAUGCUUUAGGUCAAGUUGUGUACCGGGCAAAACAGAAGGAAUUUAUAUCCCGCACUCUUCCAAGAGAUUAUACCA